CAAGUGAAGCACAGCCCGCACAGUCUCCGAGCAGAUGACAUGGCUUCCCCUGCACUACCCACGUUAUCCACGACAUCUUACACGUGCCUGGUGGACAGCGGGUCAUCAGCUGUUCGUUUGAUGGCUCAAUUCAAAUCUGGGACUUGGAGAGUGGAAUGCAGGUCGGGGAAGCCUGGAGGGAUGAAGAGGGUGGGGCAGUGUUUUCCAUAUCAUUGUCGCCAGAUGGUAAGAAAGUAGCAAGUGGGAGUGAGGAUGAUGGAGUGAGAUUGUGGGACAUGGACACGGGCAAGGUCGUCAAAAAAUUCACAGGACAUACAGAUGGAGUGAAAUCUGUGUGCUGGAGUCCAGAUGGAGGGCGAGUGGUGAGUGGUUCUGAUGAUGAGACAUUCAGAGUGUGGGAUGUCGAGAGCAGCGACACCAUGACGGUACUGAUACUCGCACCAAAAAUGAGAAAGGAAAAGGACGACUUUAUUUGGGCGGUUUGCGAUUACUCACCCGAUGAAGAUAUGAUUGCGACAGGCGGGGAUAAUUAUGGGUUGAAAAUCUGGGAUUCCAACACAGGCGAAUUGCUCAAAACACUCGACCGUCACGGAGGAGCAUGGUGUCUGACAUGGACCUCGGAUGCACUUAUCGCUGGCGGAUACUCUAUAAAUCGGAUCAGAAAAUUCGAUGUUCCCACCUGGACUGAAAUUGCUGUUCUGGAACACAAACCGAUUCAAAAUAAAUUUAAUCGUGUAAAUGGUAUUACACUAUCUCCGAAUGAGAGGAUCCUCGCAAGUGUAUCAGAGAACAAGACAGCACAACUAUGGGACUUCGCAAACAACCAGCCCAUCGGACCUCCCCUCCACCAUGAAGGCCGAGUGAGAUGCGCGGCCUUUUCUGCAGAUGGAAAGUUACUUGUGACGGGCUGCUGGCUGCCGGGAACUGGCCUGCGGAAGUCGUGCAUAUACACAUGGGAUGUUUCCGCUAUCCUCAGAGAGGCUGGCCUCGAAGACCUUCUGUCAGAUAACGAUAAUACCGUCAAAAAGCCUUUAUUAGAUGCCGAUGCUACUCAGAGACGACGCCCGCCGAUCAAAGAUGCUCGUCAGAUACCCCGGGGAUUCUUUGACGAUUCCCGAGAUUUCGACACAUCACACAGGGUGGCAUCGCAAGGUCGACGUGAUCGCCAACCCUUGUCAGCAGCCCAAUUUCUCAUUGGUCGAUUAACCUCCUUAUGGCGCCGCCACGAUUCACAUGGGGAAACUGAGCGUGACUCCAUCUCUCGACCCCAUCCUCUCAGCUGGGCUCAAGAUUUUGUCUCUGGCAUGUUGCAUAGACGACAUGUAACAGACAUCGAGUUACGAGAGACACCUGUAGUCGAGGUUCCGUGCACAAAGGGCAAGCCCAGGAACUAUCACGCAAGAAAGAAGCCAUCUGCCAGCUCAUCUCGACCUCCCAACCCUCAUACCACACAGCAAUCUAGUGUACCAAUUCAGAAUACACCAUCCUCAUCGCAGGGAACACCUGCAAUUACCACAGCAUCCGAAGCACUUCCCGGAGUAGCCACUACCGCAUUGGCAACUGAAAUGACGCCGCGACGCAAUAUUACCGUGAUCCAAGCUGGAUGCUGGAUUCGUUUCUUGCUUUGGGUUGGCUGUGCGUCUAUUGAAUAUACAAACGAUCAACAUUAGGGUAGAAAGUACGUGGUUCUUGUGUUUUGUAGGCUUAUCUAGUUCUCGACGGCCCUCCUGCGCUCUGUCAUUGUACCAUCUUUCCUGCUUCUUUCGAUACCAUUUUUUCUUCCGAAAAAGUUCCCUGUAUAAGUACUGUAGUAUGCUUUAUGGGACAUGCUUACUUUUCAUUGUGUUACAGUAAGUGUAUGUGUUAGGUAGAAUCCAAGACUCGGUUUUUGUGUUGA